CACCAGAAAGCUAGCAGCAGGAAUUGUCAUGGCCGAAGAGGUUCACAUGUCAGGCCCUAUCUGCCUCAUUGAGAAUGUGAAAGGACAACUGACAGCCAACCAGGAAGCUCUGAGCAUCCUGUCUGAUAUCCAGCAGCCAGUGGUGGUGGUGGCCAUUGUGGGGCUCUACUGCACAGGCAAAUCCUACCUGAUGAACAGGCUGGCUGGGAAGAGAUCAGGUUUCUCUUUGGGCUGCACAGUGCAGGCUAAAACCAAGGGCAUCUGGAUGUGGUGUAUGCCUCAUCCCCAGAAGCCAGACCAUACCCUAGUUCUGCUUGACACUGAGGGCCUGGGAGAUGUUGAGAAAGGUGACAACCAGAAUGACUGUUGGAUCUUUUCCCUGGCUAUACUUUUAAGUAGUACCUUUGUCUACAACAGCAUAGGAACCAUCAACCAGCAGGCCCUGGACCAGCUGCACUAUGUGACAGAGCUGACACACAGAAUCAGAAAAAGAUCCCCUUGUGACCAGGAUGAGGUGGGGGACUCAGAUGAGUUUGUGGGCUUCUUUCCAGACUUUGUGUGGACUCUGAGAGACUUCUCUUUUGAGCUCAAAGUAAAUGGGCUACCUAUCUCGGCAGAUGAAUACCUAGAGAAUUCCCUGAAGCUUCUUCAAGGUACUGGACAAAAAGAAAGAGAAAAACAGUUGAAUCUGCCUAGGAUCUGUAUCUGUAAGUUCUUUCCAAAGCAGAAAUGCUUUGUCUUUGAGCGCCCGGCACCCGGGAAGAAGCUUAACCAGCUGGAAUCGCUGCAGGAUCAAGACCUGGACCCUGACUUUGUGGAACAAGUGGCAGAGUUCUGUUCCUAUGUGUUCAGGUCUUCCAAGGUUAAAACCAUUUCAGGAGGCCUCAGGGUCAAUGGACCACGACUAAAGAGUUUGGUGACAACCUAUGUGGACGCCAUCAGAAGUGGGUCUAUACCCUGCAUGGAGAGUGCUGUCCUGGCUUUGGCCCAGACAGAGAAUUCAGCUGCAGUGCAAAAGGCCAUCGCCCACUAUGACCAGCAGAUGGGUCAGAGUGUAAAGCUCCCCACAGAGUCCCUCCAGGAGCUGCUGGACCUGCACAGGACCUGUGAGAAAGAGGCCAUCAAGAUCUUCACGGAAAAUUCCUUCAAACAUUUUAAUCAAGUGUUUCUGAAGGAAUUAGUGACUGUGUUGGAGACAAAGCGAGAGGAAUUUUGUAAGAAGAAUCUACAGGCUUCCUCAGCUCACUGCUUGGCUCUGCUUCAGGAUCUUUUCAGUCCACUAGAUGAAGAUAUAAAACAGGGGACUUAUUCUAAUCCAGGGGGAUACUGUGUUUUUAUGAGAAGGAUAAAGGAGUUGAAGAAAAAUUACUAUGAGGAACCCAAGAAGGGGGUUCUGGUUGAAGAAGUUCUCCAGAAAUUUUUGCAGCCCAAGGAGGAUUUGGCUGAUGCAAUUCUACAGAUAGACCAAAUUCUGAGAGAAAAGGCAAAGGAGAUUGAUGUGGAGCAUGUGAAAGCUGAAGCUGCACAUAGUAUAUCAAAAAUACUGGAGGAAAUAAAAAAACAGAGUGACCAGCUGAUGGAAGAAAAGGAGAAGUUUUACCAGGAGCUUGUGCAAGAAUUAUUUGAGAAGAUGGAGAAGGAACAGGCCCAGCUGUGGGUGGAGCAACAGAGGGCCAUUGACAAACAACAUAAUUGUACCACUGUUGGUCAAAGACCAGCUUCACCAUUCAGGGUAAACUGAGACAAGAUGGUGAUUAAUCAUUCAGCAGAUUUUUUCCACGAGGGAAAAAAGCUUGAUUCUCUCUGCUCAGUGAAUAGGGUGAGGGAACAUAUACAUAUCCAAACUUGGUGGAUGAAGCAAGGCUCCAAAGAACAAGCUUGAACAACUUCACACAUACACAUACAUACACACAUUCACACAUUGGGUAGAUGGGCAAAGCUCCAAUGAGCAAGCUCUAACAACUGUAUUUUUCCCCCUGCAGCUUAUGUAGCUUAAAAAAUCUUUUAAGCAGCACAGAAAUUAAAAUGUGACUACAUUCUA